AUGUUGACUCCAUCGACGAGGGUGCUGGGACCUGUGACAUUGAAGUCGUUCCAGAAUUUGGGAAAGGCCGCGUUCUCUACACACGGCACGAGAAGUGUCAAUGUUGCUGAGUUUUACAAUAAGGCUAGAGCAUGUGGAGUCGGCUACUUUACGGGAGUGCCGGAUUCCUUAUUGAAGGACUUUUGCGCAUAUGUCACAGACCAUGCAGAAGCCAACGAGCAUGUCAUCGCUGUAAAUGAAGGAAGUGCCGUUGGUUUAGCUGCUGGAUACCAUUUGGCGACUGGGAAGCUACCCAUAGUGUAUACUCAGAAUAGUGGUUAUGGCAAUAUGGUGAAUCCCCUACUGUCGCUGGCACAUCCAGGUCCGAUUUUCGUUAAGGUUUUGGUGGGCUGGCGUGGAGAACCGGGUGUUAAGGACGAGCCACAGCAUAAGGUUAUGGGAAAAUUGCAGGCUGGUAUAAUUCAAGCCAUGGAUUUGGCCUGUACUGAGUUGCCUACUGAGAACACAGAAGCGCUGGAAGCCCUGGAGGCAGCAGCGGCACAGUCUAUGGAGAGCAAGAGUCCUCAUUUAAUACUAAUUCGCAAAGAUACUUUCUCGCGGUACGGCUUGAAAACGGCAGUUGAUUAUGACCAUACCCUGCCUAUGACGAGAGAGAAUGCGAUCCGAGUAGUACUGAAGUCCGGCGGCGACCAGGCCACUUAUGUUGGCACUACAGGGUUCUUGAGUCGGGAGUUAUUCGAAAUCCGAACCAACGAGUACGGUGGCGACCAUUCUCAUGAUUUCCUGUGCGUUGGCAACAUGGGCCACGCUGGAUCUAUCGCCGGAGGUUUGGCGAGCCACAUGCCGUCGGAGUCACCCGUAGUAUGCAUGGAUGGCGAUGGUGCCCUGUUGAUGCAUAUGGGGUCGAUGGCUACUAAUAAGGCUACCAAUUUAAUCCACGUUCUGGUUAACAAUGGGAUGCAUGAGAGUGUUGGAGGUCAACCAACGGCAGCUGCUGGUUUAAAUCUGUGUGGUAUUGCCCGAGAUGUUGGUUAUCCAACUGCCAUACGUGUUCGUACCGAGGAGGAGCUCUCGUCAGCAGUAGCCGACGCUGUGGCGCAGCCUCAUGGAGGGCCUGUGUUCAUCGAAGUCCUCGUCAAACCUGGAGUCAGGACAGAUCUUGGUAGACCUACUACUACUCCACAGGGAAAUAAG